AUGACAACUAGAAAGAUUAAAGUUAGUUGGGUUAUUGUGGUAUUUGUGGAUUCGAAGGAUUACAGCGUAGUACCGACAAAGUGGUUAGUUCAAAAUGACACAGAUAAUCUAGAAAAUAGUAGUGUACAGUUUUGUAAAUGGCCACUUGGUCGAGUAACCAGUACUGACAUUCAUGACGCCCUAGAUCCAGAACCAACUUGGUUUGAGUAUGGUGUUAAAAUAGUUGGUGGCAAUAAAACAUAUGAUAAUUUUAAAAAAGCAUGGCAUACAAGAGUUGAAAAGGAAUCAGAAAAUGAAGAGGUUCAAUUGAUGACCAAACGUAAGCGUUCAAUAUUUGAUUUGUCAGAUGGUAGCACUGAUGAAGAUCAUUCAGGGUAUUGUAUAACACCUGCAUCUACUUCUGCAUUAAAUUUACCCAGCUAUGAAAAGGAUGUACAGUAUACAGAACUACAACCAGUGAAUAGUUCACCCUUACUAAAACAAUGUACAAUGCAACCAAAUAAAACAUUACCAUCAUUAUUAUCGGAUCAAAUGAGUAAGAAAUCUUCAGUGGACCAAUUACCAUAUUAUGAUCAGUCAAGUUCAGUCUACCAACCACCUCAAGAUGAACAAUAUACAAGUGCACAGAAUAUACAGCAAUUAUAUACCACUCCAAACACCAAUACUUAUGGUAACAUUAUUAAACUUUAA